AUGGAGAUGCUCCAGAUGUCAUUAUGGGGAAGACAGCGAGGUAGUCGCAAUAGAGAGCGCAAGAACUACUUAUCGAAUGUGAUUUUUGCAUUAAGGGCCAAAAAGUUAGCUCGUAAAGGAUGUGAGGCGUAUCUUGCUUACAUCAGUGUUUCAGAUUUUAGAGAUUCUUCGAUUAAGGAUAUCAAGAUGGUUAAAGAGUUUCUAGACUUUUUUCCUGAAGAGCUACCUAGGUUACCUCCGAAUCGUGAAGUAGAGUUUGGGAUUGAGCUCCUUCCUGGUACAACUCUGUUACGAGAAGUAACGUUUUUGGGACAUGUGGUUUCUGUUGAGGGGAUUAGAGUCGAUCCUCGAAAGAUUGAGGUUGUCUUGGAUUGGAAGCAACUUAAGACUGUAUCUGAGAUCCGUAGUUUUCUGAAACUGACUGACGUGCAGCAAGAGAGCUUUGAGAAGCUUAAGACUAUAUUGACGGAAGCCCUCGUUCUAAUACAGCCAGAGUCUAGAAAGGAGUUUACUGUGUACAGCGAUGCGUCAUAUGUUGGUUUAGGAUGUGUGCUGAUGCAAGAGGGUAAAGUGGUAACGUAUGCGUCUCGUCAGCUUAAGACUCAUGAGGUUGAGCGUAGGAAUACUGAGGAUUUUGGAUUGAAUAGUGAAGAGGUGCUCUGUUUCCGUAGGAGAAUCUGUGUACCAAAAGAUACUGAAUCGAGGCAAUCUAUUCUGAGAGAGGCGCAUAGUAGCCCUUAUGCUAUGCAUCCGAGCGUAAAUAUGAUGUACUGUGACCUUCGUGAGUUAUACUGGUGGCCAGAUCUUAAGCGAGAGGUUACCAAAUUUGUGGCUAAUCAAGAUUCCACUUUGGAAGUGGUAGAGAGUGACUAUGGACUUCUUCGUACUGACUACUCUCCACAGAAGCUGGCUAAAUUGUAUAUGUUUGAGAUAGUGAGACUGCAUGGGGUACCGAUUUCAAUUAUAUCUGAUAAAGAUCCUCGCUUCACGUCUCGGUUCUGGAAGAAGUUGCAUGAAGCUUUGGGCAGUUGGGAGGAUUACUUGCCGCUAGCAGAGUUUGCUUAUAACAACAGCUAUCAGACUAGCAUUCAGAUUGCACCUUACGAGGCUUUAUAUAGUCGUAGGUGUCGUACACCUUCAUGUUGGACUGAGUUGGGCGAGCGGCGUAUUCUGGGCCCUGAACUAGUUUUUGAUAUCGAGGAUAAACUUCACGACGUGUUCCACGUCUCUAUGUUGAGGUGCUACCGCUCUGAUCCUACGCAUAUUGUUUCUGUUGAGGAGAUCGAGGUUAGGCCAGAUUUGACCUUUGAAAAGGAGUCGGUUCAGAUAUUGGAGCGAGAUGUAAAGGUUCUAAGAAGAAAAUCCAACCCACUGGUUAAGGUUCUUUGGCGUAAUCAUAGCUCUGAGGAGGCCACGUGGGAGCUUGAGGAUGCGAUGCGAUGCGACAGAAGUAUCCUCAUCUGUUUUGAUCAGGAUGGGUCUGCUGGUCUAGUUGUUAAGUGGAGUGCUAAUGUUGCAAGAGGUCUGGAGUUUGAGUCCUUGCAUGGGCAAAAGGGAUAA